AUGCUACGCCGUGAAGCUCGCCUUCGUCGUGAAUAUGCUCUUAGAAAAAUUACUGAGGAAAAACAAAAAGCUAUUGAAUCUAAACGAGAGCGUGUUCGACAAGCUCUACAAAAUAAUACACCUAUUCCCAGUGAUUUAAAAAAUGAAGCUGUAGAUUUGAUAAAAGAUAUUGAAUGGGGAGAUGAAGACAAUGCAUUGGAUGAUGAAUAUAGGUGGGCUGGUGUAACAGAUCCAAAAGUUGUUAUUACAACAUCAAGAGAUCCUUCUUCUAAAUUAAAACAGUUUGCUGCUGAAAUGCGUUUAAUGUUUCCAAAUGCUCAAAGAAUUAACAGAGGAGGUUAUGAUAUUAAAACAUUGGUUCAAGCUUGUCGAGUGAAUGACGUAACAGAUAUUAUUGUUCUUUCAGAAACAAGAGGUGUUCCUGAUGGUUUAGUUGUUUCACAUUUACCUUAUGGUCCAACAUGUUUCUUUAAUAUAUGUAAUGUAGUUCUUCGACAUGAUAUUCCAGAUGCAAUAAAAGUAUCCGAACAAUAUCCUCAUCUUAUAUUUAACAAAAUGAAUUCUAAAAUAGGAAAACGUGUUACAUCAAUUUUAAAACACUUAUUCCCUGUUCCAAAACCUGAUUCUAAAAGAAUUAUUACUUUUUCUAAUUCAGAUGAUUAUAUUUCAUUUCGCCAUCAUAAUUAUACAAAAGAAAAUAAAGGGCAAAUAGAAUUAACAGAAGUUGGUCCACGUUUUGAGAUGAAACCAUAUUCUAUCAAGUUGGGAACUCUUGAAAAUAUGGUAGCAUCUAAAACAGAAUGGGUUUUAAGGCCUUAUAUGAGAAGUGCAAGACACCGUCAAAUUUUAUCUUUAAAUGAUGAUGAGGAACAAGAACUUGAAGAGGCAAAAGUUGCAGAAGAGAAAAAGAAGGAAAAAGCAGAAAAAAAAUUGUAA